AUGCAUAAUGUUACAGACUUUGAAAGGUCUACAAAAAGGCGUCGAAGAAACUCUGAUUCCGAAUUAUACUGUAAGUCAAAAGAUGAGGAAAUCCGCGAAAGAGACAAAGAGGAGGAUCCAUUUCUUGCAGAAGAGAAAUGUUCUUUCGUUCUCAGUUACCUUAAGCAAGUCCGUGACACGAGCAGUGCGAUAACAUCUACAGGUGAAAGUGGAUUCGUCUCAGAAGGAACAGCAACGGACGUAGGAAAUUUGGAAGACCUAGUUGGUAAGUAGCGUUAAAGCAAUUAUGAAGUAUUAGCUAAACGAAUGUUGAUUUGGAUAUAUGUCGUAUCCACUUGGAAGAGAAUCACGUACCAGUUUUUUGCACUUACAACAGGUUUAUUCGGUAUUCUGUAAUUUUGUGAUUACAUACUUGAAACGCUGAAGACUCCGAGGGAGAGAGUAACAAAAAACCUGGUACAUUUCUGCUCUAUCUUGAUAGUGUCUAAUAGCGCGUGGCCGCUUAUAUACCCAAAAAUGUCCUCGUGGGAGUUAAUUAACACUAUAAUAACCGCUAUUUCAAUAUCUGCACGCAGUAUUGCUCCGGCUAUGGGCGGAAUGCAAAACACUCCCCCCCCGGUGCGGAAAGCGAAUUACUUAAGUAAUUGGUUGAGCAACUUGUUUCUUUGCGCUACACAAGUUAGCUUUAACCAGGUUGUAUAACUAAGAUAUGCUGUUUAAUUCUUCUUUUGUCGCGAUUAAACAUAAUUUGUGAAUUGGUCGAUCAUAGACUGACGUUGGUGUUUUAAUCUUUGCUUUUCUAACAAGACCAUCUUCACCGGGAUAAGUUUCGAGUACAAGUCCCAUCUUCCACGUUAUCCUUGGAGUUGGUUCAAUUUCUAACCCCAAAUCUCCUUUUCGUAGAUUUUCUGGCUUUCUGAACCGCUUGGCAGCAGAUUGGGAGCAAAAUAUUUCAUCCAGCAAUUCCAAAACUCUUGCACUCGUUUCUCUGUACUUCUCAUGAGGUGUCUUGGAUUUACUUUCGAUUCUACCUCUCGCAUCGAAGGUGGAAAAUGAUUUUCGAUCAAAUGAUCAUUUGGUGUGAUAGGCGGACUUAUCCAAAUUCCGUUUGAGCUUGGGUAGAGAGGACGCUGAUUUAUUAAGCGUGUAACUUCUGCUAAAUACGUUCUCCACUGCUCUUCUGUGAGGGCUUGGUUUUAGGAGGUAGCAUCCAACGCUUGUCGUACGUCAAUCGUCUGCUGGCACCAUUUGAACAACCGAAGUUCUGACUCCGUCAGUUCUUUUGGCGAAAUUGGAUCUCUAUUAUUCGUCUUCACUCUUGUGUUGUUGACGAAUCUUAGUACGUAAGCUAACGUUUUCCUGGCCUUUGAGAAUGUUGAACACGUUCUCAUCAAAUGUUCAAAGAGAGGAUAGUCUCUUAAUUCUUUCUGGGCAAUUGAAAAUUCUGCUUUGUCGCAGGACGUUGGUCUGGCUUCAGUGGGAGGUUUCAUUUCAGCUGACAACUCGUCAUUGAUCUUCAGCGCAUUUUCUUCAAAUUUGGGCCACUCUUCUUGCGGCUUUCUAAAGAACUGCGGUCCUUGUGACCAUUUUUCCAGCUGUUCCGGGGGAAUUCCCUUCGUCAAGGCGUCAGCUGGAUUAUGUUCAGAUCUGAUGUAGCUGAACUCUUGAGGGUCUAUUGUCUCUUGGAUUUCAGCAACGCGUACAGAGACAAAUGGUUUAAAUUUUCUCGGACUUGUUUUAAGCCUUGACAGAACAACUUGAGAGUCGAUCCAGGACACUUUCUUGCAGCUGCUAAUCUCCGCGAAUUCUAAGGAUUCUCUACAUGUUCGGUAUAACCUUGAGAGCGCGAGACAACCCAUUAACUCCAAGCUCGGUAUUGACUUCUUCUUUAGCAGGGAGAAAAAGGCUUUCACCAUGAGCUGUACGCAGGUCAUCACGUUUCCAACAAAGAAACUUGGCUGAACCAUAAGCCUUCUCUCCCGCGUCAGAGAAACCGUGUAUUUAUGGCAUUCCAACUGCAUUAUCUGGCUUUAGCUUUCUUUUGAAUUCGUACUUAAGAAGUUGGUUGAGUACUUGGACAUUUUUUUUCCACUUUCUUUGAAUCUCGUCUGCUAGGACUUCAUCCCAGGGAUAACCUGAACUCCACAAUUCUUGUAAAUUAAUUCUCAUCUCGAUGGUUGUUGGAUUCACGAGGCCUGUGGGAUCCCAAAGCUGGGCCAGGUAGGCGAGGCAAUUUCUCUUUGUGACAGGCUUCUCAUCUGCAACAAUUUCUGUUUUCUUAAAGGUAAUGGUGUCUCGAACCUUAUUCCAUUUAUGCCCAAGAAAAUCUACAUGUUCUUUAUCUGUCUGAUCAACUUUCUUGUUGUUUGAAUGCCACCGUUUGAUUUGAAACUGACCUUUGCUGAGAAAAGCGUCGAUUUCACUCGUGAUUUGCUUGCUUUUUUCUUCGUUUUCUCGGGAGCCACCAAUGUCAUCAACGUAGACAUGGGUUCGGAGUUCCUUCGCGGCUUCCGGGUACUGGUCUCAAGAAACCUUAGCUAAGGUAAUGAUUGCUCCUGCAGCUAUGUCUGGGGCUGGUUUGUCUCCAAAGUUAAGUCUUUUCCAUUGAUAGACUUUUGGCUUCAAACUUUCGUUUGUCCUUCAUAGGAAUCUGUGGAAGACUUGGUCGUCAGGAUGGAUCAACACUGAUUGAACAUUUUCCUAACAUCUCCGGUAUAAGCCACUUUGUCAAAGCGCCAAGCCACAAGCACGUUGGGCAAACUGUUUAUGUAGUUUGGUCUCUUUUCGAGAUGCUCGUUAAGCGACUUUCCUCUUGGACCCUUCGCUGAGGCAUCGAACACUAGUCGAACUUAAAGGCAAAUACCAUUCAGGCUGAUCAUGGUUUACGUUUUCAGGGGGGAAUUUCAACGACGAAAUUUUGAUCCAGCAACUUUUGAACUUCACUUUCAACGGUUUCGAGACAAUCUUUUUUCUUAAAGGACUUUUCAGAAGAAAUCAUUCUUUUAUAUGCAACAUCGUAAUUGCUCUCCUUUGGGGGUCCCUCGCCAUUCCACGGCAUUCGCACCUGGAUUCUCCCCUUAACAAUCUGAGUCGACUUUGCAAUUGAUUUGAUAAACGUGUUCUCCUUAAGAUCAUUAUCUCUGCACGUACAAAGUUCGGUUGGUCUUACUCCCAACAUGUCUUGUGUAAGGAGUUUGUUCAUGUCUUCUAACACAUCGACAGUUCCUACAUCAAUUGAAUUGAUAGCCGAGGGGCGUAUCUAUGCUUUUGGGCAAUGAUUCUUCAAAUAACAACUUUGAAUUUUCUCUCGUGCUAGCACUAGAUCAAGAAAUAGUAGGAAGAUUUGCAAACCUUUUUCAAGAACUAAUAUUUUAAAAUUCUCUUUCUGGCAUAGAUAUAUAGAUAAAUGGAACUCGUUACCAGAUUCUCUAAUAUGUGCCGAUUCAUUGUCAAAAUUUAAAAAGGGCUUAAGAGAACACUUUUUAACUAGUAAGUAAUGAACAUAAAAUUGUUGCGAUUGCAUAUUUAAUUUGAUAAUUAGAUAAUUUUUAACAACUCCAUUAUUAAUAGAUAUAUUUUAGUGAUAUCUUUUACAUUUCUCCUUACAUUAUAAUAGUUUUUAUCUGACUUAUAGUUCCUUAAUAGCUUUGUAGAUAUUUUUAGGGGGUCAUCUUACAUGAGGAUUCAGUUCCUCCCUGAUGGCAGCCUUUUUUAUUGAUUAUUACAAAUAAAGUUGUUAUAAAUAAACAAAUAAAUAAAUCAAAGUCUCUUCUGUGCUUUAUUGAAUCUAUUGGCUUUAUUAUGUCAAGGCAAAUAUUUGGUAAUUUCACUGACUCCUUGAUUUGUUUUUUUAUGACUAUAGAGGAUAAAUAUGCGUCAUCAUGGAGGCAAGAAAUAAAGAGUCAAAAAGGUUCAGGACUGAAGAGAUUCAGACCUUCCUCAGGUUGGUUGAUUAAAGAAUUUAUAGGUACGUGUGAUUGUAAGAAUGAAAGUGACUUGCCAACAGAGAGUUUUCCUAAAAAAAUUGUGUAAAAGCAGCCUGAUACAACAGCCGACAUCUGGCGACGCAGCCACUGGUUUCCCCGCCAAAUGACGUCUGAGAAACGAGCGCAGAAAUUCCAUACUGAUGACGCUUCACUACCCAGAUCUGGGUGGUGUUUCUGAUUGGUUGAAUCAAAUUUCCCACUCGGCACGAUCAAUCUGACGCACUACCCCGAUGUGGGUUUCCAACAAAGAAACAUGGCUGAACCAUAAGCCUUCUCUCCCGCGUCACAGAAACCGUGUAUUUAUGGCAUUCCAACUGCAUUAUCUGGCUUUAGCUUUCUUUUGAAUUCGUACUUAAGAAGUUGGUUGAGUACUUGGACAUUUUUUUUCCUCUUUCUUUGAAUCUCGUCCGCUGGACUUCAUCCCAGGGAUAACCUGAACUCCACAAUUCUUGUAAAUUAAUUCUCAUCUCGAUGGUUGUUGGAUUCACGAGGCCUGUGGGAUCCCAAAGCUGGGCCAGGUAGGCGAGGCAAUUUCUCUUUGUGACAGGCUUCUCAUCUGCAACAAUUUCUGUUUUCUUAAAGGUAAUGGUGUCUCGAACCUUAUUCCAUUUAUGCCCAAGAAAAUCUACAUGUUCUUUAUCUGUCUGAUCAACUUUCUUGUUGUUUGAAUGCCACCGUUUGAUUUGAAACUGACCUUUGCUGAGAAAAGCGUCGAUUUCACUCGUGAUUUGCUUGCUUUUUUCUUCGUUUUCUCGGGAGCCACCAAUGUCAUCAACGUAGACAUGGGUUCGGAGUUCCUUCGCGGCUUCCGGGUACCGGUCUCAAGAAACCUUAGCUAAGGUAAUGAUUGCUCCUGCAGCUAUGUCUGGGGCUGGUUUGUCUCCAAAGUUAAGUCUUUUCCAUUGAUAGACUUUUGGCUUCAAACUUUCGUUUGUCCUUCAUAGGAAUCUGUGGAAGACUUGGUCGUCAGGAUGGAUCAACACUUAAUUGAACAUUUUCCUAACAUCUCCGGUAUAAGCCACUUUGUCAAAGCGCCAAGCCACAGGCACGUUGGGCAAACUGUUUAUGUAGUUUGGUCUCUUUUCGAGAUGCUCGUUAAGCGACUUUCCUCUUGGACCCUUCGCUGAGGCAUCGAACACUAGUCGAACUUAAAGGCCAAUACCAUUCAGGCUGAUCAUGGUUUACGUUUUCAGGGGGGAAUUUCAACGACGAAAUCUUGAUUCAGCAACUUUUGAACUUCGCUUUCAACGGUUUCGAGACAAUUUUUUUUUCUUAAAGGACUUUACAGAAGAAAUCAUUCUUUUAUAUGCAACAUCGUAAUUGCUCUCCUUUGGGGGUCCCUCGCCAUUCCACGGCAUUCGCACCUGGAUUCUCCCCUCAACAAUCUGAGUCGACUCUGCAAUUGAUUUGAUAAACGUGUUCUCCUUAAGAUCAUAAUCUCUGCGCGUACAAAGUUCGGUUGGUCUUACUCCCAACAUGUCUGGUGUAAGGUGUUUGUUCAUGUCUUCUAACACAUCGACAGUUCCUACAUCAAUUGAAUUGAUAGCCGAGGGACGUUCUCCCUGCUUUGAAGCAAAUGUUCCCAUCACGUACCACCCGAAGCAAUUUCUCUUUUCUUGGGAGUUCUUGGGAGUUGCACGCUUUUUGAUAAGUGGGAAAAAUUUCGCUGUAUUUUAGAAAAUCGCCUCUGACUUUAUCUCCGACCUGCUGAUUACCCUUAAGUUGUUCUUCUGUAGAUCCCGUCUCGAUUAGCCUAUCCGUAAUUAUCCGUAAUUGUAUCUUGCUGUUUUUUUAACACUUAUGGCCUUAAUUUCCAUUUCUUUUUAAACAUUUUCAAGCGUACUUAAUGCGGGCUGAACUUUGUAAAGCACUAAAUGUCUUGAAAUUCUUCUAAAAGUUCGUACAAUGCGACCGUAUUGUACUAUCUCUUUUCGCAAUUAGUAUUGAUACGUCACCUUAGGAGGCAUUCUUGACUUUAUAAUUGUUUUUUAACUAAUCACUAAUUGACCUAAUUGCAAAUGCGUAUAUUGCUGAAUACUUGUAAUUACUUGUGAUAGAUAUGUAGAUUUCUAUUGUUAUAUUACGUAACUAUGUCUAUUGUUGUAUUACGCAAUUCAAACUUAACACAAUUAAGCGGGAAAUUAAGUGGUUUUUUUUCCUUUUACGUUUUCUCUACGAUUGAAUAAAAUAUUAAACUUUAUUGUUCAUCAGUUCUAAACUUCCAAUAUUGGAGCAAAGUCAAUUCAUCCUCAUUUAAUCAAUGCAUCCAAAUGUCGUCAUGAAACUCUCUUCUGAAUUGCAAGUAAUCUGUCAUCUAAGCAAGGUCCGGUUGCGUAACUUCUGAACUUGAAUUCAAAUGAUUCUCCGUAUUUUCUGCGGUAAUAAAGGAACUGUUUUACCUUUUUUCUACUGAAUAUGCUGCUUUUGUAGUUUCCAGUUUGCUCCUGAUUUUCUGAGGUCUUGAGCUUUCACUGCCACUUGUCUAGCUUCUGCUUGCGACUUUUCCUUGGGCGGUUCGUCAGCUGCUGACUUCUAAUCGGCGAGCUUGAGGCUUUGAACAGAACUUGUGAAAUUUCGCGCUGGACUUUAUAGUAAUAAUAAUAAUAGCUUUAUUUAUAUAACGCUCAUAUCCUGAGCUCAUGGCGCUUUACAAUGUAAAAAAGGGAAAAUGAAAUUAUUUACAUAUCACAAGCAAAAAACAAAUAUUAAAAAUCUAUUUACAAUCAUUAUAUUACAGGUCUUAAAAUCAUAAAGUUUACAAAAACAUUGACCCACUCUCUAAAAAUUGUCUAAAAAAAUAUGUUUUCAAUUCUUUCUUAAAACCAGUUAAAGAUGGUGACUUACGCAAAUCUAAUGGUAGUGAAUUCCACAGUUUUGGGGCACACACUGAAAAAGCCUUGUCCCCUGAAGUUUUCGUGAUUGAUCGAGGUUGGUCUAACAACUGCGACUUCCCACUCAAAGAUGGGCGUCUUGAGUCAACGAAGGUUGCUUUGUCAUCGAAUAAAGCUGUUACAUUUAUCCUUGUGUUCGAAGCUUAACAACAAAUUGAAGUGUAAGGAAAUUAUAUUCCUGACUAAUAUUCUUGUUUAUCUCCUGGUGACUGUUGCAACAUUUGAAAUAUCAUUGGCACAAGCACUACUUUGUCCACUCAAAGAUGGAUAAAUAGAAUUGCGACUUCCCACUCAAAGAUGGGCGUCUUACUUAUGUCAAUGAAGGUUGCUUUGUCAUCGAAUAAAGCUGUUAUCCUUGUGUUCGAAGCUUAACAACUCCUUUCGCAAGGCUAUUCCUUCAGGAUCAACUUGUUGUAAAAUUCCUUCCACCUGUUUUGUUGGUGCCUGUAUUCGUUAAUCCAAACGAAGGGUGUGCCACAUAGCUCGAUAACUCCUCAUGCAGCCUGGCCCAUCCAAUUCUUGUUGAAUGGCCUGAUAAAUGUCGCCAUCAUUAGUGUUUGUAUUCCUUUUUCUUAUCCGUGUAUUCGCGAAGCCUAAAGUGCAAAGUACGCCUAGACAUGCUGUUGCAUGGUACUUUUCUAAAACAAGUAAUAUAACCGAGUAAUCAAACGCACGCUGAAAAUAAUAACGUAUGAGAGCUUCCUCUUUGUUUACGGCUGUUCCACAUUUAGAGUAGUAUUGGUGAGUUUCCUUCGAGCUCUUCUCGGAAGUUCAAGCGCUUAAACAACAUUCAUUUUCAAGACAGACUGAAAUAUGUGGGGAUACUAAAGAAAAGGGCGGGCGUUUGCAAUCAAGGCGCAUAACAUGUCAGCACUUGAGUAAGUACGGGUUCAUGCUUUGGUUCAUGCUUUGUUUUGUAACAAAUCCUGCAUUACUUAUUUAGGAGAAUUUUGCGUUGUGUUUUGGAAAAGUUGUUUUGUGUUUUGCAAAUAUCGUGUUGUGUUUGGAUAUUUUUGAGUUGUGUUUCAUCAUAGUUAUUAAUUAACUAUGGUUUCAUUAAUACUGUGUUUUGUUUCGAUAAACCUGUUGUGUUUCAGGAAUAUAUUGCAUUAAUCCUUGCAAAAUUAUGACCGACAAUAAAACAUGAGGGAAACUUCAAUGAACGUUGUACAACAACAAUAUUUUUAUUCAAGACAGCAAGUCUGAGAGUGACUGAAAUGUCUGGGUAAACUUUGGUUUCUUUGUACCGUGUUUGUUUGUUCGUUUGUUAUUUUGGCCGGCUUUUGGCGUUUAAAGGUUGAACGAGCCUCGAAGUAAGAUUUUCGCUAAUUACCGUUACUUUUUCCCAGAAACCACAACAACUGAGUAUUCUCUAAAGCCUUUCUCUUUCCAUUUGCAACCGGAAAAUUAAAUUUAAGCUUGUGUAUAUUAAACGAAAGGCCAUUCGAAAUCGUCAGUCUCUGUCUCAACUCACUAAUACUGCUUGUUAUGGCAUGAAAUAAUUACGCCUGCCUUUACAAAACUAAAACGAGACAUUAACUGUAAUAAAUUACACAGGCUCACUUUGUAUAACGAUUAAGUGAGGUUAAAAAACGUUUGCUGUACUCUGCUGUAAAAUACUGCAUGUUCAACUUCCACUUUCGUUGAAAUCCCGUUGCGAAGCUCUCCUGAAGCCAAACCAAAUAAACAAAACAGCUUCGAAUAACAGAAGAAUCUCUCUUGGUAGUAGCUGUAUUUCAUUUUUGGGCGACUGGUGGAAGAACACGAAGACUAAAACAUUGAAACGUUAAAAAGAUUUUUCCCAUAGUCCGCCGUAAGAUCCCGCAUGAACUAUCACAAACGCAGCCAUCGGUAAAUCCCUUUGGUACACUUUCCUCGACGAAAACGCAAUUUUUAAACAAUUCAGUUUUGAAAAACAGAAAUAGAAACUCGACAGCAGUUGUAUUUCAUUUUGCGGCGAUAGGAGAAGAACACGAUAAUUUUAAAAGUCAACUAAAAUGGCAAGUCGGCAAGUCUGUCGGCAAACAAUUUACGGGUGUGUUCGUUUCGGUGAAUCCCAAAACGGAUUUCGCGUUCCUUUUGGCAAAUCCAAGUUCGGAUUUUUGAUCUUGUGAAUCCUUUUUGAAAAAGGAUUCAUUGCAUUUGAAAUCCGAAGAAUCCGAAUCCAGAUUAACGAAUUAGUGAUCUACGCUGUUCCAUUCACAGUGGAUCCGAAGUUAGUCAGAUGAUCCAGCAGUAUUUCGAGUUGAAGUAUUCACGUAGAGUUUCCUACUUCCUGCCAUUUGCCGUAAAAUAUCUGAAAACACUGGAAGAUUGCUUCAAGACACAAAUAAGUAAUAGGGACAAAUGAACUGCUAUCUUUCUACAAACUCGCUUGUCGGCGCAAUAGGUAGCUCGGAUUUUUUUAUGUAACACGCUCGACUACGAAACUGGAUCAAACUGAGCCGACAACCUUUAGAUAAUUUUCAACUUAAACGCUCUUCUGUCUUGAUUUGUUUAUAUUCUAUCGUCGCUAUUCGAACUGCUGACCACCACAUUCUGAACGGUAUAAUCGCAUAAUAUAUAGAUUUAGCCACGGCUAAAAGCGAAGCUCCCAUUGAUAAAUUUAUGAUUUAAAUCAAACAAUAAACUUGUGUUCCACAAAUCAGUUAACUUAAGAGCACACUUUUGUGGGAAAAGCUAAGUGAUUUUGGAGUGAACCAAAUCUUGUAUCGAGUUGAUAUAGCCUUAUAUGUACACCAAAAAAAUAGUCUUCGUUCACAUUUAAGAGCAAUAAUGGCUCUUGAUCACAGUAGAUAAUGCAUGGAAAACAAAUCAGGCCGAAAUUUUUUGCAUUCGACAAGUUUACUUUACAAAUUCUUGCCAAUAAAUCUGGGUGCGUGCAAACCAACCUUUUGUUUUUUUAUACACCACAUCUGAGGAGAAAGAGUACUGUGAGGCGUUGCUUUUAUCAUACAGACCUCUACAAAAUGCAGCAUUUCACAAUUUUUCAAUACAAAUUGCAUUCAUUCAAUAUUCAGGACCAUCGAAGCACGCGUGGACUUUUAGAGAAACAGUUCAAAAAAUUUCCAAAAUCACCUAACUUUUGACGAACGCCAAGUUUGCGAAGAAAUUUUAAAAGAGUUACGCUUCAACGUGAUAGAGAAUUUAUUGAGUUCUAUUUUUUAAUAAUGGUUUUAUAACGAUGUGUAAUCUUCAAAAGCGUUUGAUUCGCUCGGCAUUUUGAGUACUCCUGCAAGGGAUGUUUAUGAACGGCUGAAAACAAAUGCAAAAGCGAUGAAAAUUGCACUUUUUAGACUACCAACAAUCAAUAAAGAAAUACAAUUCGGUAGAACAUUUACAGAGACAACAAUUUUUUUCAUUCACGAAAACAAAUGAGUAUUUAGGUGUCUCUAAGAAUCCUCAAGUCUUUUAUAAGCUUAAAGAUUAAGUUUAUAAUGUUUUAAGCCGCCGGUUUCCCGGUGUUUGCUGUUUUCAAAGAUGAACUCGCGACAAGAAAAUCGCUCAAAGCUUUCUUUCUACAGCCAAUUAACACUAAAUAUUCUUCGGGAAGUUUUUUCUUUCUAUUUACGGUGAAUUCAUAUCGACCAAAGGCUUUUCAAAGUUCUGUAAACUUAUAUCAAACCUCAUACUAGGUCAGAUCAGUGUCGCAGUCAAAUCUUAAUACAAACGUGCAUAAACUAGCUUCAUAAACUGCGCUCGACUUCGUGAAAUUAGAUAUAAAUACAAUAAUUACUCACGCUUACCAUAUUUCGAGAUGCAGUUCCUGAAAGCUAUCAAGUAAGGCAAGGAUCGCUUGAGCCUUUAUAAUUCUCGUAUGCAUCCAGCAAGGUGAAAAACAAAAACGAUGCCAUCCGAAAUCGGAUUAUCGGCUUUGACAAGCGACGCAUUUCUCAACGAAAAACCCAAUAAACAAACCAGCCAUGAAUAAGAGAAGACUCUUGAUAGCAGCUGUAUUUCAUUUUGUACAUUCCGUGGAAAAAGACAGUUAAAAACAUCACAAGUUGACUCAAAACUCUGUAAGCUUCAGCUGUCAAAGUAAACAACUUUCAAGAUAUGCUGCAUAAAUUUUACGCAUGAACUCACCUGUCAAAUUUUAACCAAUCAGAGCAUAAAAAUUGGACGUGGAGCGUGACCAACACGUGACCAUGGUAAGAAAAGGUCUUCCCCGCCUGUAUUUAAAAAAAAACUGGCUGAAUUUUUGCGUCUGAGGUCAGUUUGAAAUCAAAACCGUAAUAGUUCUGGGCGAUAGUGACAUAAACACAACAUAUUUGAUAUGAAUUUAAAAAAACUGAGCCUGCGAUCAUUUGAAAACGAGUAAAUUGUCAGCGGAUAACUUCAAAAAUAUACUCGACCUGGAUGGGUCGACACCUGAGUCCGCGAUACGGUCAGGUGAUACUGUUCAGCGGAUACCCUGUUUUGACAGUUGUGAAUUGACCACAACGUUGAUGUGCAAUUAGCUUUCUCCUGGGCUCCCAAAGUAGCUAGAAAGUGUGAGUAAACAUUGGUAUGCCUGUGAUGCGGACGGACGGUCGCUCGGUCGCUUGGUCGCUCGGUCGCUCGGUCGCUCGGUCGCUCGGUCGCUCGGUCACGUGAUUACCAAAUUUUCUGGGAUUGGUAGAUUUAUUUACCCAUGGUGCUCCGCUGGCGCGCUUCGCGCACGGAGCUCCGCUAAUAUGUUAAACAAAAUGGAAAACACGUCAUUUCUUGAGAGGCUGUCAUGCAUAUUGCAUGCGUUUGUUGCGAAAGGUUACCAAGGUUACAAAUCCAAUUUCGGAUUUCGUGUUCCUUUCGACCGCGAAAUCCGGCAAUUCGCGGAUCAAAAUCCGUUUUUGGAUUCGCCGAAAGGAACACACCCUAGAUGACGUAUAAGUUUUCAUUCAUGAAUCAACCUGUCAAAAUUUUGACCAAGCAGGGAUGAGGUAGACUAGGUUGUUCCUGGAGUGUUACCAAAAGCGUGAACAAGCACAAGGCAUUAAAGAGCCUUAGCAAUUUAUUUGCGAAAAUGUUGUCGUAAGUCGGACACAAGAAACUUCAAUCUACAUUUUUACUCGUGCAAAUGCGUCGGUUGCCCCUAAAAUGGUUAAUUUUGGGCAAAAACGAAACGCAACGUGCAAGUCGGGGACUCUCUUCCCUACCCUACUGAGUUUUUUACCCCUAUUCCCUGAGUCUGUACGGACGUUCGUUCGGGCGUACGCUGAGGUCAUAACCAAAUUUUCUGGCAUCGAUAGUUGUCGGUUUUCAAUAACUUACCAUGAUAGCUAUGGGUCUCAGCUGCGCGAGCGGACGCUCCGCUAUCAAGACCUGAAUGAUGAACAGGAGAAAGUAGUCCAUGAAAUUCUGACAAGACGAAUACCAAUGUACACUAAAUAUCACAAGGUUGUUUUGUUUUUUCUGAAUGAAGAAUUCUUAGUGACAUUUUCUCUGUUUUCAGACAUCACAGGGUACCGUUCUCAAGGUUUAAGUGAUGAACAGAAGAAAAUCUUUCGUGAAAUUCUUACGGAACUGAUGCAAAUAUACACAAGAUAUCGCGAAGUUUCAACAGCCGAUGGAGUAUCUGAUCUGUUGAAAUUUCUAACAAAGGCAGGCAACUUGACCUUGAUGAGUGUGCAAGUCGGAUAG